AUGAGAUUUCAACCCAGCAUGAUAUUAGAGCAAUCCGAAAGGCUAAGCAGGAUUUCAGAAGGUGCAAGUCUCCCAUCUCAUCUUAUUUCUCAAGCUCCAUCAAGCUUUAAAUCAAAAGUAGUAGAUUUACUAUCAAGGCUAUGGAAUUUUUUGCUACCGAAAUCUGAAAUUAACUCAAUUACUAGAUCUAGUUCAUUAUUUGAGUCACUUAAAGGUGUAAAAUCAAUAGACUCUUUCAAUGAAACGAUAACAUCUGAAGAUGAAUUAGUCAUAAAUGAUGUCCAAUUAGAAGACAAUCGAUAUAAAGAAAUUUAUGAUCAAAAAUGAUCAGACAAGAAUGAACCUUGCAAAAGAAAGAAAAAAAUAUUCAAUGAUUUACCUGCAAAGAAAAGAAAAAUCGCUAACUUUUACAAUUAAUAGCAAAACUUUUUGAUUAUUCAAGGAAUUUUUUAUUAACUCCCCCCCUACGUGAGUGAACAAAACCAUUAGAAAAAUCCCUAUUUUUUGCCCAAAAACCCACCCUCGAGUGAACAAAAAUUGUUUAAUAGAAAAAUUUUUUAUGGAAAAAAUUUUUGAUAUAUAAAUGAUAAUUAGCAUAAUGAAAUCUAGGGCUAAUUCUGUUUAAUUUUUAAACGAAUUGCUUUUUUAAAACAUAAAUUUUAUAAAUAAAAUUAAUAUUUGCUUUCCAAUUUUUUUGCGAAUCAGGAUUUUUUUAAAAUUUUGAAAAAAAAUAUUUUUUUAUAAAAUUUAUAUAUAAAUUUUUUUAAAAAAAAAAAAUUAACCCCCCUCCGUAAGUGAACAAAAUGUUUUUGUUCACUCACGAGGGGGGGGGAGUAAGAUAAAUUAUUUAGAAAUCUUUGUAAUGGUAAUUAUAGAAAAUUUGAAAAAAAAAACCCUAGCCUAUGAUAGGUUGAGUGAGGAUAAAUCAAUAAAAAAUUCAAUUAAGAAAGACGAGAGCAUAGAAGUUAAUUUUGAUGUCAACACUCCUUCAUGGGAAAAAUUCAAAAUCCCCAAAGAAGUGUUGCCUUCUUAUAAAAGAGCAAUUUUAGCUGCUUAUACAAAGCAAAAUCCUUGCAUAAAUGCAAUUUUUUCUAAAAAUUUUGAGCUUGGCUUUCCAGGAAAAGUAUUUAAGACAAUUGACAUGAGCAAUGAGUCAUUAGAUAUCUCACAAAAUACUGAUUUAACAGAAAAUAAAAUAAACUUCAAUAUUUCUGACGAUCAAUCUGUAGCCUUAAGCGAUGAUUCACUAAUAGCUACUCCAUCUGAUUCCCCUAAACCAUCCCCAAGGAUUUCUCCUAGGAUAUCUCCAGCACAAUCUCCAAAAAAUUCCCCUUUGCUGCUACCUCAGUCUAAUUCUAAUAAAAAUGUUACUCCAGAAAAGGCUUAGAUAUAGUCUUAGUUAAGAUAUAAGAAAAGGUCCGUGCAAUAACUCGAAAGGGUAUAUAUCUUCACCUUGCUUCGCGACUGCAGGUCGUUUUCCUAUCGGCUAUGCUUCUCAAGAAAUGGGCUCGCACUCUAACUGGAGUUUAGUGGGACGGGUCACCGUAUCAUAUGCCGAAUUAGGUUGCCUUCAAAAAAAAAUUCGAAAAAAGAAUUUUUUGGUUAUUUUGACGACCAAGAUGGAGCCCGAAGUACAGAGCGCAGUACUAGUGCUGCAGUAGGAAAUAGCUCGAUUAAUCGAUAGGGCUUGCCAGGCUUUCUUUUCCAACUGCUAGUAUCGACCUUCUCAAGACGAAAAACAUUGACCUGAAAUAAGCUGGGGCCGAUCCAACAUUGCUGUUCACCAAAAAAUGUAAAACUUAGCCAGAUAUGCAUCAUUGAACGCUAUCCUCCCUUUCACAAUGGUCUAGCUUACCCCAGCUAUAGGGAUUUAAGAGGACGGGUUGGUUAGCCAAUCCAUUUUAAUGUGUAUACUCCAGAAAAGGCAAAAAAUCCUAAUCUUGAGCUUGAAAGCCCUAUAGCAAUCAGAGCAGAAGCACCCAAAAUGUGAGGCCGGGGAAAUUCUAAAAUUAUUGAAACAGCACAAAGCCCACAAUUUGGAAUAUUUUUAAAAGAAACCGAAGAGCCCAGAAACAAAACUUCAGAUUUCCUUUCUGGGAUCUCAGAAACAAUUGCUGAAGAAGAUGAAAAACAAGAAAACAAAACUGAAAGUAUGGAAAUUUCAAAUGUAAAACAUGAUGAAACUAGAGAAAUUAAAGAAUUAUCAUUACCACCAAGUAUAGCGAUUCAAGGAAAUAAACCUAUUUCACUAUUACAAAUUUCUUCUGAAGAGGCAAAAAAAGAAAACCCUGCUUUUGUAAAUCCAGAAAUAAAUCCUUCUCAAAAUCCAUUUUUGAACCCAAAUGUGGUAGUAGGAGCAAAGUCUCACUUUGUUUUUGGAUCAAGCUCAGCAGCCCCUCCUAGUUAUAAGAAUCCGUUUCAAGCUCCUCAGCUCUCAGUUGCAGCUACAACAAAUCAUGCUCCUGCUGAAGAUAUUGAUAUGAAAGACUCACCAAAACUUCAGCCCCUUUCAAGCCCUAAGCUUCAGCAGGCUCCAUUUCCUAUGUUUUCAUCUCCAACCUAUACUUCGCCAGCACUAUUUUCAUCUCCUCCAUUUCCUGUUCCAAAUCAAAUACAGUCUCCUCCUUUUCCAGUUACUCCUACAUUCAGCCAAUCUCCACAAUUUCCGACCUCCCCAGCUUCUUCUACUAUAAAUUUGCCUUUUAACCCUCCUUUUGUGGGCACAAAUUCUUUCAUGCCAAGUAUUGGAUCAAGCACCGGCUCAACUGGAGGCUUUAGUCUUGGAAUUUUGCCAGAAGGUAAAAGGUCUUCAAGAAGAAAAUAA